AUGGGUAAGGAGAAGACGCAUAUCAAUAUUGUGGUUAUCGGCCACGUAGAUUCUGGAAAAUCUACGACCACCGGGCAUUUGAUCUACAAAUGCGGCGGCAUUGAUAAGCGAACGAUCGAAAAGUUCGAGAAAGAAGCCCAAGAGAUGGGUAAAGGAUCGUUUAAAUAUGCGUGGGUGUUGGACAAACUAAAAGCUGAACGUGAACGAGGCAUUACGAUUGAUAUUGCUUUGUGGAAGUUUGAAACCGCGAAAUAUUACAUCACUAUUAUUGAUGCUCCCGGUCACCGAGAUUUCAUCAAGAACAUGAUCACCGGUACUUCUCAAGCUGAUUGUGCCGUUCUGGUUGUCGCGUGUGGCACUGGCGAAUUCGAGGCCGGUAUCUCUAAGAACGGUCAAACGCGAGAACACGCACUUUUGGCUUACACGCUUGGCGUUAAGCAAAUGAUUGUCGCGUGCAACAAGAUGGAUACAACUGAACCACCGUUCAGCGAGGCCCGAUUCAAUGAAGUUGUCACCGAGGUUAGCAGCUACUUGAAAAAAAUUGGCUACAACCCAAAAACGAUACCUUUCGUGCCAAUAAGCGGUUUUCACGGUGAUAACAUGUUGGACGCUUGUUCCAGAAUGCCGUGGUACAAAGGUUGGAGCGUCGAGCGGAAAGAAGGUGCACAGACGGGCAAAACCUUGCUCGAGGCACUCGAUACGAUUCUACCUCCAAGUCGUCCCACUGAGAAGCCGCUUCGUCUCCCUUUGCAAGACGUCUACAAAAUCGGAGGUAUUGGAACUGUGCCGGUUGGUCGUGUGGAGACCGGAGUCAUGAAGCCAGGCAUGGUGGUUACCUUUGCCCCUGUUAAUCUUACCACCGAAGUUAAGUCGAUCGAAAUGCACCAUGAAGCAUUAGAACAAGCGUUACCUGGUGAUAAUGUUGGUUUCAAUGUGAAAAACGUCAGUGUCAAUGAACUCAGACGCGGUUUCGUGUGCGGAGAUUCGAAAAAUGAUCCACCGAAAGAAGCGAAAUGUUUCAAUGCGCAAGUUAUCAUCUUAAACCAUCCAGGUCAAAUAGCACAGGGUUAUGCACCGGUACUGGAUUGUCAUACAGCUCACAUUGCGUGUAGAUUCAACGAACUGAAAGAAAAGUGUGAUAGGCGCUCUGGCAAAACUCUGGAGUCAAAUCCAAAGUUCUUAAAGUCUGGUGACGCUGGAAUCGUCGAGUUAGUUCCUAACAAACCAAUGUGUGUUGAAACAUUCGCCGAAUAUCCACCGCUAGGGCGAUUUGCCGUUAGAGAUAUGCGUCAAACGGUUGCAGUUGGUGUCAUAAAGUCUGUAACAAAGACUGAAGGUGGUCAAGGAAAAACGACUAAAGCCGCUCAGAAAGCCCAAGCUGCUACAUCUAAGGGCAAGAAGUAG